GCAGUGAAGUGAUAAAAAUAAGUCAUAGCAGUAACUGAAAGCAUUUGAAAAUUGAAAUGGUUUCGAAAGAAUAGAGGGAGAGGGCAAUUGGCGGCAACUUUUGCGACAAAACUAAAAUGUAGUUGCCGCGCUUUACAAUUUUUCCCUCUUCUCUUAUUUCACCUUUUCGAUAAUAAGCAUUUCGAGAUCCCAACUCGUUGUAUUAUUAACUUAAAUUCAAACUCUCCUCCAACUUAUCUCUGAAAGCUUUUCUCCUCCAUCUUAUUGCAGAACCCUAAAAUUAAAACUAGAAUAGAAAUGGGAUCUGCCGCUCUUUUGGGUUCCACAAUAUCUGAAGACAUAGCUGCCGCUGAUUCUUCAGAAAUGAAGAAUAAGAAACGCAAACAAAAAACUGCCGCUCCUAAACGCAAGAAGCAAUUGACAACUAGCCCAAAAGAAAAUAAAGGGAAUUUGUCACAUUGCAAUGAAGAGAUUGAUGGUUCUCGGAAAAGACCAAAGCGUGCUGCUGCUUGUACAGAUUUCAAGGAGAAAUCUGUUCGUUUAUCUGAAAAGUCUCUUCUUGUUGAAUCAAAGAAAGAUCAGUUUGCAGAUGAAGAGAUUGUAGCUGUAGGCCUAACUGCCAUGCAAGAUGGUGAGCGUCCAAACAGAAGGCUAACUGAUUUUAUCUUGCAUAAUUCAGAUGGCAUACCCCAGCCCCUUGAAAUGUUGGAAGUUGAUGAUAUGUUUAUCUCUGGUCUUAUAUUGCCUUUGGAAGAUAAUUCUGACAGAGAAAAAGAGAAGGGUGUUAGAUGUGAAGGCUUUGGACGGAUAGAAUCAUGGAACAUCUCUGGUUAUGAAGAUGGUUCUCCUGUGAUAUGGCUUUCUACUGAUAUUGCAGAUUAUGAUUGCCUUAAACCAACUGGUAGUUACAAGAAGUUCUAUGACCAUUUCUUUGAAAAAGCAAGGGCUUGUAUAGAGGUUUACAAAAAAUUGUCAAAAGCUUCUGGUGGGAACUCUGAUUGUACUCUUGAUGAGUUGCUUGCUGGGGUGGUUCGAGCAAUGAGUGGAAGCAAGUGCUUUUCUGGGGGGCUGUCUAUCAAGGAUUUUAUUAUAUCUCAGGGUGAAUUUAUUUAUAAUCAACUGAUAGGAUUGGAUGAGACUUCAAAGAAUAGUGAUCAGAAAUUUGGAGAGUUGCCUGUUCUUGUUGCCUUAAGAGAUGAGAGUAACAUGCAUGAAAAGUUUAUGCUAGAGAAAUCUGGAUCUUCAGAUGGGAAUUUGACCAUUGGUCCAAAAAUUGGAGGUGAAGAGAGCAAAAUGGAUGCAACUGAGGAUGAUGAUGCAAAGUUAGCAAGACUUUUGCAAGAAGAAGAAUUCUGGCAAUCAAAGAAGCACAAAAAAUCACAGGCUUCUGCUUCUGGCUCAAACAAAUUCUACAUCAAAAUCAAUGAAGAUGAGAUUGCCAAUGAUUACCCUCUCCCAGCAUAUUACAAGAAUUUUCAUGAAGAAACUGAUGAGCUUAUUAUCUUUGAUAGUGAUGUUGAUAUGUGUUACAGUGAUGAACUUCCACGAAGCAUGCUUCAUAACUGGUCACUUUAUAAUUCAGACUCAAGGUUGAUUUCUUUGGAGCUGCUUCCAAUGAAACCUUGUGCAGACAUUGAUGUCACCAUAUUUGGGUCAGGAACUAUGACUUCUGAUGAUGGAAGUGGGUUCUGUCUUGAUAUGGAUUCUAGCCAGUCUUCUUCUGGGGGUUCGGCGGCACUGGGAGUUGAUGGCAUUCCAAUUUAUCUGAGUGCAAUAAAGGAAUGGAUGAUUGAAUUUGGAUCAUCGAUGAUUUUCAUAUCUAUUCGGACAGAUAUGGCCUGGUAUAGACUUGGCAAGCCGUCGAAGCAGUAUGCACCUUGGUAUGAACCAGUUCUUAAAACAGCAAGAGUUGCAAUAAGCAUAAUCACAAUGCUGAAGGAGCAAAGCCGAGUCUCAAGGCUUUCUUUUACAGAUGUUAUUAAGAGGGUAUCUGAAUUUAAAAAGGAUCAUCAAGCGUACAUUUCUUCUGAUCCUGCAGCCGUUGAGAGAUAUGUGGUUGUGCAUGGGCAGAUUAUUCUACAACUUUUUGCUGAAUUUCCAGAUGAGCAGGUCAAAAAAUGUGCAUUUGUUAUUGGUCUUGCAAACAAAAUGGAGGAGAGACACCAUACUAAAUGGUUGGUGAAGAAAAAGAAAGUUGUUCAAAAGAAUGAACGGAAUUUGAACCCUAGAGCAGCUAUGUCACCUAUAGUGUCUAACAGGAAGGUUAUGCAGGCAACAACUACAAAGCUUAUCAACAGAAUUUGGGGAGAUUAUUAUUCAAAUUACUCACCAGAAGAUGUGAAGGAGAAUACUGUUUGUGAAUUGAAAGAGGAGGAAGAAGUGGAGGAGCAAGAGGAAAAUGAAGAAGAUUAUGUUGAAGAGGAGAAAUUAAUAUCAGAGGAAACACCUAAAUCUAGCUCAGUGUCAAGGAAAACCAAAUCUCACUCUACAAAGAAGGAAAUAAGAUGGAAUGGGGAGCCUAUGAACAAAACAAGUUCAGGUAACGUUCUUUAUAAACAAGCAAUUGUUCAUGGAGAAGUGAUUGCUGUGGGAGGUGCUGUUGUUGUGGAAGAAGAUGAAAUAGAUAGCCUUUCUGUCAUUUAUUUUGUGGAAUAUAUGUAUGAAACCCGUAAUGGAAGCAAAAUGUUUCAUGGAAGAAUGAUGAAGACAGGAUGUCUUACUGUUCUUGGCAACACGGCUAAUGAAAGAGAGGUCUUUUUAACAAAUGAGUGCAUGGACUAUGAAUUGGAGGAUAUUAAAGAGACAGUUGUUGUGGAUAUUCGGUCAGUGCCUUGGGGGCAUCAGCAUCGGAAAGAUAAUGCUAAUGCUGAUAAGAUUGAUAGAGCAAGAGCGGAGGACAGGAAGAAGAAAGGGUUGCCAACAGAAUAUUACUGUAAGAGUUUGUAUUGGCCUGAGAAGGGAGCUUUCUUUAGUCUUCCUCUUGAUAGUAUGGGUCUUGGUUUGGGUUCCUGUCAUGCUUGUAGCAUAGUGGAAGCUGAAAAUGAGAAGGAAAUAUUUAAUGUGAGUUCAUCUAAGACUAGUUUUGUUUACAGAACGGUUGAAUACUCUGUUCAUGAUUACAUCUAUGCAAGCCCCCAGUACUUUGAAUUUGACAAGGUAGAGAGUGAAACUUUCAAGGGGGGGAGGAAUGUUGGAUUGAAGGCUUAUGUUGUGUGCCAAGUGCUGGAGAUCAUUGUUCCAAAUGAACACAAACAAGCUGUAAAGGAAUCUACCCAGAUUAAAGUGAAAAGAUUUUACCGACCUGAGGACAUUUCAGCUGAGAGAGCAUACAGUUCUGAUAUUCGAGAGGUCUAUUACAGUGAAGAAACACUGGUUAUUCCUGUUGAGGCAAUUGAAGGGAAAUGUGAAGUCAGGAAGAAGAACGAUAUUCCUGUUUGUGAUGCUUCUGCGAUCUUUCAGCAUAUAUUCUUCUGUGAACAUCUGUAUGAUCCUUUGAAAGGGUCCCUCAAUUUGUUACCAGUGCAUAUCAAAUCAAGGUUCUCAACUGGAAAUUCUGCUAGUGAAGCUGCAUCUAGAAAGAAGAAGGGAAAGUGUAAAGAGGGAGAAGAUGAUUUAGAAGUUGAGAAACAAGUACAAGCAUCUGAGCAAGGUCGUUUGGCCACAUUAGAUAUUUUUGCAGGCUGUGGUGGUUUAUCGGAGGGAUUGAAACAAUCUGGUGUGUCAUUGACCAAGUGGUCUAUUGAAUAUGAAGAGCCUGCUGGAGAAGCAUUUAAACUCAAUCAUCCAGAGUCAUUGAUGUUUAUCAAUAACUGCAAUGUGAUUCUUAAGGCUGUGAUGGAGAAGUGCAGGGAUGCAGAUGACUGCAUAUCAACUUCUGAGGCUGCUGAAUUGGCUGCAUCACUUGAUGAGAAGGUGAUUAGUGAUUUACCACUACCAGGGCAAGUGGAUUUCAUUAAUGGUGGCCCCCCAUGCCAGGGUUUUUCUGGAAUGAAUAGGUUUAACCAAAGCACUUGGAGUAAAGUUCAGUGUGAGAUGAUCUUAGCAUUUUUGUCCUUUGCUGAUUACUUUCGUCCAAGGUAUUUCCUUCUAGAGAAUGUGAGGAACUUUGUUUCUUUCAAUAAAGGACAGACAUUCCGUUUGACAUUGACUUCACUACUUGAAAUGGGUUAUCAGGUGAGGUUUGGUAUUUUGGAAGCUGGAGCCUAUGGAGUUUCUCAGUCACGAAAGCGAGUGUUCAUUUGGGCAGCUGCACCCCAAGAGAUUCUCCCAGAAUGGCCAGAGCCAAUGCAUGUCUUUGCUGCCCCUGAGUUGAAAAUAACAUUAUCAGAAAAUUCACAAUAUGCUGCUGUUCGGAGUACUUCAAAUGGAGCUCCUUUCCGUGCAAUUACAGUAAGAGAUACGAUUGGGGAUCUGCCUGUAGUAGGGAAUGGAGCUUCUAAGACAAAUAUGGAGUACCAAAAUGAUCCUGUUUCAUGGUUCCAAAAGAAAAUUCGAGGGAAUACGACUGUCUUGACUGAUCAUAUAUCAAAAGAAAUGAAUGAGCUGAAUCUCAUCCGAUGUAAGAAGAUUCCAAAGCGGCCAGGUGCUGAUUGGCAUGACCUUCCUGAUGAAAAGGUUAAAUUGUCCACUGGGCAACUAGUAGAUUUAAUACCAUGGUGCCUUCCGAACACGGCCAAACGGCACAAUCAAUGGAAGGGGCUUUUUGGAAGGUUGGAUUGGGAAGGGAACUUCCCUACUUCCAUUACUGAUCCUCAACCCAUGGGCAAGGUGGGUAUGUGCUUUCACCCUGAUCAGGACAGGAUUCUUACAGUUCGAGAGUGUGCUCGUUCCCAAGGUUUCCCAGAUAGCUAUCAAUUUGCUGGUAACAUUCAACACAAACACCGUCAAAUUGGGAAUGCUGUUCCACCUCCUUUGGCAUUUGCAUUGGGAAGGAAACUCAGGGAAGCAGUUGACAGUAAGAGGUCUAAAUAGCAGGGUUCGGAUAUGUAUUAUAAUUUUAUUGCGGUCAGAAAUUGUGGAUAAAGCAGGUGAUCUGUGAACUUGCUCUUUUUAUGUUGAAAAGCAGCUAAGAGAGAUUUGAAAUCCUGAGUGGGGAUAACAACUAUUUUUCAAUAUUUACAGAAAUUAUUUGAAUCAUCAGAAUAUAAUAUGAUUUCAAAUUCUCAUUC